GCGCAGGGAGGGCGGCAGGGCAGGGCGGGACGCCCCCCCCCCCCCCUCCCCACCCGCGGCGGCCCCCGCAUGUGCGGGCGCGGGGUGGCGCGGGGCGGCGCGGGGCGAGGCGCUGCCGGCCGGAGCCCCGCGGGGCGCCCCUCACCGCCCUGCCCUCCGCGGGACACCGGCUGCUGAGAGCCCGCCUACACCCCGCCCCGACACCGGCGCUUCGUUUUUUUUUCUUUGCGCACCCCCAUCCCCCCCACUACCACCCCACCACCACCAACCCCCUUCCGCCCCCCAAUUAUUAUUAUUUUUAUUACCACUAAUUUUUUUUCCUCCGCGGAUGAGGCGCGGCGGCGGCGGCAGCGGCGGCCGGGGGAGCAGGCGGCAGCGCGCCGCGGGACCGAGCGGCUGAGCGGCGGCGGGAGGCGGCGGAGCGGCGGCGGGAGGACCGGAGCCUCCUCUCUGUGUUUUCAUUUUUUGGCAAAGUUGGAAGUGGUGGAGGUUCGGCUGCUGGCUUGGGGAGGGGAUCUCCCUGCAUUUGUCUCUUUUUUUUUAAUUUUUUUUUUUAAUGACUCUUAAUUUUUAAUUUUUUUUUUUUUUUUUUUUGCGAACUCUGGAUUUUGAAUGCCCGGCGAAGCCAGGAGAAACGAAAGCAAAUAGACACCUGUGCGUGCGUUGUAUAUAGACAUAUAUAUAAAAAUAUAUAUAUUAAAAAAAUUAAAUAAAAAACAACCGACAGCAGGAGCAACAACAGAGACAGCGCUCGGCAGCUCCCGGCCGGCGGCGGGCGGGCAGCGGAGCCGUCGGCGGGGCGGCCGCGCAGCAUGGAGGAGGGCGGCCGGAGCCCCCGGGAGGAGGCGGCCGAGCCGCAGGAGUCCGGCGGCGACGCGGAGCCCGGCGGCGGCGGGCGGCGGGGGCUGCUGCUCCCCCCCGGUGACCCCCCGCACCCCCACCCGCACCCGCAUCGCAUCACCAACUUCUUCAUCGACAACAUCCUGCGGCCCGAGUUCGGGCGAAGGAAGGAGGUGGGCGGCCCCGGCGCGGAGCCCCGGCGGCCCGGCGCGGAGAGCCGCCGCAGCCCCGCCGCGGCGCCGGCCCCCGGGGCUGCGCUGCCCGGCGGCGGGGCGGGCUCGCCGGGCCGGGGGGAGGGCGGCCCCGCCGGGCUGGCCCUGCACGGCGCCGCCAAGAAGGGGGGCGACCCCGCGGCGCUGGAGGCGGCCCUGAAGGCGCGGGGGCUGAGCGGCGGCGACCUGUCGGUGAGCUCGGACUCGGAUAGCUCCCAGGCCAGCUCCAACGCCGGGAACCAGCCUAUGCUGUGGCCCGCCUGGGUGUACUGCACGCGGUACUCGGACCGGCCCUCCUCAGGUCCCCGCUCCCGCAAACCAAAGAAGAAGAACCCCAACAAGGAGGACAAGCGGCCGCGCACCGCCUUCACCGCCGAGCAGCUGCAGAGACUCAAGGCCGAGUUCCAGACGAACCGGUACCUGACGGAGCAGCGGCGGCAGAGCCUGGCCCAGGAGCUCGGGCUCAACGAGUCCCAGAUCAAAAUCUGGUUCCAGAAUAAACGAGCCAAGAUCAAGAAGGCGACGGGCAGCAAGAACUCCCUGGCAGUGCACCUCAUGGCCCAGGGGCUCUACAACCACUCCACCACGGCGAAAGACGGCAAGUCGGACAGUGAAUAGCCAAGGGAAAGGGGGGGUGGGGGGAAGGCGAGGGAGGGAGGGGGGAGGCAGGGGAGGGGGGCCGUUUGCAGUCAAAGUUUAUACAAUGCAAUAAUUUAAUUAAAAAAAAUAAAAAGAAACAUAAGGGCCAGUGUAUAAAGAUUAUACCAGCAUUAAUAGUGAAAAUAUUGUGUAUUAGAUAUAAUUCUGCAAUAUUCUAUGUAUAUAUAAUUUACAGGUAAGGUGGUGUAAAAAUCCAAGAUAUCUGAUUAUAAAAUAUUUUUUGAUUUUUUUUUUGAUUUUUUUUUUUUUUGGUUGGUUGGUUGGUUUUGAUUUCGGGGGUUUGGGCUGGUUGGUUGACUUUGGUUUGUUUGUUUGCUUGCUUUUUUUUUUCUGUUGUAUGAAGAUUUUAGAUGCUAUCUUUAUGAUUUUUUUUUUUUAUGCUUAAGUUACCUUUUAUAGACUUAAGCGCAGUUUUAAUGGACAUUGGACAAUGUUUUUUGAAAUUCAAAAAAAAAAAGAAUUAAAAACAACUUUUGCUGAAGUCCAAAGAUUUUUAUUGCUGCAUUUCACAGGACUGUGAACUGAAUAAAUAGUUCUCCUAUUUGUUAUAUGAGUUCCAACUUUUUUUUUCACCCCACCCCUCCCCUUUUCUUUUUUUUUUCUUUUUUUUUUUUCUUUUUUUUUUUUGUUUUAUUUUAUUUUUUUCUUUUUUUAUGUUUUUGGAGUUGGGGUGUCUGGGGCUGACUUUGGGGAUAGACAUGGAGAAUUAAUUUUAAAAGGAAGAAAAAAAUAUAAGUGACGAUAGGGAGACAAAUCUGAAAACACCUUCUUAAAACAUGCUCGGGGGCCUCUCCUGAGCCUCUACCCCUUCAUCACUCCCAGCGAGACCCACGGCCAUCCAUGGAUGCGGAAUGCAGGCUGCAGGCGUGGAUGAGGGAUAGAGAUGGGGUUAGCACCCCCCUCCCCCCUCCCUUCCAACUUGUUGGGAAAACUUUGGGAACCCCAUCUCCGAAAAGCGGGAGCCGCUCCGGGAUGCUGCUCCUUCCCGGCCCCGCUCCCCCUCCGCGGGGGGCGGCCGAGGGGUGAGACCCGGCUCCGCUCCGGCAUCACAUCCCCGAAAUAUUUGGGAGCGUUUUAGCCCCCCCUCCCCCCCAAAUAAAGUAACGUUUUUAGUUCUCCCUUCCCCCCCCAGCGCGGUCCCCGCUGGCGCGAUGCUUCGAGACAGCGUGCGGGUGGGUGUUUCUCCCCACGCUCCCCCCCCCGUUCCCCACGCAGACACCCCCUUCUCAUCAGAGUUUUUCGGGAGUUCGAGGCGCUGUGCUGUGUUUAACCCGUUUCUCCCGGAGCGAGGGGUCCCUCUCCCCACUCCGGAGGGGGGAUGUGUCCUGCGUGGGCCUGGGUGUGCGUGGGCAGCUGCUCGGGAACGGGCCCUCCUGCGACGCUGUUUAGGGGGUGAAAAACUUCUCGCUUUGCCUUAAAGCCUCUUUAUUUUGCAGCUCUAAUAGAUACACAUUGUACAUAGUAGUAUAAAAUUAAAAAAAAAAAAAAGAAAAAAAAAAGAAAGAAUCCAGCUAUAAAAUAAAAAACUGUAAUUUUAAAUUCUGUGAAUAACCAUCAGCUGCUUAGGAGCCAGGAUUAAAUGACUUUGCCUUUUAGCAAGAAAGCAAAGGAUUUUUUUUUCUUCUCUCCAGUUUAUAAAACAUGUGCAUUUUACAAUUGCAGUAUCAAAUAUUUAUAAUCGGAUGAAAUAUGAAUGUUUCUAUUUACAACUGUGUUCUCAACAUUGUGAACAUUCUCGCUGCAUUUUGUGUGUUUCGAUUCUCGAGGACUGCAUUAAAUAAUAAUAAUUAAAAAAACCCAACCAAACAA